AUGCCACCAAAGAAAACCACGAAACGAAAGGGUCCCACUCCAACCGUCUCUUCAACGAUAGUCCCGACUGCGUCAAGUCCAGCUACAAAGGCAACUGGAACUGCCCGUACCAUGCCAACACCAAAGCCUACAAAGUCCAAUAACGAGAGACUCCUGACAAGCCCUGCACAACAUCGAUAUCACACCAGAUCGACCGGGCCCGUGCCCACAAUAGCAGAAACGGGCAUCAACGACGCUACGACUAGUGGGGUUCACUCCCUCGACGAAAGCGAGGCAUCUGAGGAAAGCGAAGCAGGGGAAAUCGCAGGCACAACCCACCAAGCAGCUCGAGUCUCCGAUAAGAGGGACGACACUCCUGCCAACUCCAUCCUGAUCGAGGACGAAGUGAUGAACGACGACGCAGUCACGAAUCCCACGACGGCACUCAGGGCACUAGACCCUACGGACACCAACGCUGUGACUCGGCCCACUAUCAGGGAUGCCAGUACUGUCAGCCUGAUUAGCCAUCUCGUUAGUUUGGUACCCUUCGCUACGGCAAUUCCUUCAGCAAACGCGAGAGCUACGAGGGCUAUCACUCACGCACGCGAUCAGCUUCCCCGACUAACACGCGGUCGGAUUAUAUCCGGAGGAGUUAUAGCUUGGUUGGCUUACUACCUAUACUACCACUUGCUAGAUCGUGAUGGAGUUCCACUGUACCUCUCCGAUCGGUCAUGGCAGGCAGAGGUCGGACACUCUAUGGCGCGUCUUCGUGACGCUUUUUAUGGCGGUACUGACGGAUUACAGGUAGAUGGAGGUUCGGAUGGAAAGGCUGGAAGAGGCCGUUGA